AGUGCCGUUUCCGCCCGGCCCGGGGAGCAGCCGCUGCGGGGGGAGGGGCCGAGCUGCUGCCAAGGGUGCGCUGCGCCGGCCGAGCAGGAAACGCCGUGGCGGCCAGCCGGGCCUAGUGCCGAGCGGGGCCCGGGGAACGGGCCGGACAGGUUUCCCCAUGUCCGUGACGUGUUGGCCGAGGCUCUGCGGCUCCUCUCCGCCCUCGGAGCGGCCAGUCGCUGCCCUCUGGACUCCGUGAUCCCCGACGGGCGUCAUGAGCAUUGCAAUCCCUCUGGGAGUCACCACACCAGAUACAUCCUACUCCGACAUGGCUGCAGGAUCGGACCCAGAGUCUGUGGAAGCUAGUCCAGCUGUCAGUGAGAAGAAUGUGUACUCCAGCCACGGCUAUGGGGCCACCCAGAAACACAGCUAUCGCGGGCUGCCUUACGCAGAUCAUAAUUAUGGAGCCCCUCCUCCUCCAACGCCACCAGCCUCUCCUCCUGUCCAGACCAUUAUACCUCGUGCAGAACUGAACGGCUUGCACUCACCUGAUGAGGAGAACUCCGGGGACAGUGAGAGCUCCUCAGAAGGAGAAUCAAUUCCCACUUGGUGCCACUGCAGUGUUUCUCAAGAUGGUUUCCUCCUCAAGUGUGAGAAGUGCAGCCUGACAAGUGUUGGUGGCACCAGGAGUGGAGAUGAGGAUGUUAAAUCGAUGUUCUUAUCAUCCUGGGCCCCACUGAGGGCACGCAUCUUGUGACAUCCUGUUGAAUUUCAAGUGACUUUACUCCUACAAACCAGCUUCAAUUGUGCAUUCUCGUUUGGCAGAGGAAUGAGCAGGGGGAAGGUGAUCAGACUCCGCCGCCGGAAGCAGGACAACGUGUCAGGUGGGGACAGCAGUGCAACUGAGAGCUGGGAUGAAGAACUAUCUCCCUCUACAGUGCUGUACACAGCUACGCAGCACACCCCUACAAGCAUCACGCUGACUGUCAACCGCGUCCGCAGAACCAAACCGAAGAAGAGGAAGAGGAGUACAGAAAAAGCUCGCACUGCUCCAAAGGCCAAAAAGAUCAAGGCUUUUCGAGAGGGCUCACGGAAGUCUCUGAGAAUGAAGAAUUCCCCUUCUGAAGCACACGCCUUGGAUGAAAACACAGCUGAAGGGUGGGAGAAUCGAAUACGACUCUGGACAGAUCAGUAUGAAGAAGCCUUUACUAACCAGUACAGCGCUGAUGUACAGAACCUGUUGGAGCGUCAUCUGAACUCUAAUAAAGACUACGUGGGCAAAACUGCUAUGCUAGACACAAUCAACAAAACAGAGUUGGCCUGCAAUAAUACCGUUAUUGGGUCCCAGAUGCAGCUGCAGCUGGGACGGGUGACUCGGGUUCAGAAGCACCGGAAGAUCCUGAGGGCAGCAAGAGACUUGGCACUAGAUACCCUUAUAAUUGAGUAUCGAGGGAAGGUUAUGUUACGACAGCAAUUCGAGGUCAAUGGGCAUUUCUUCAAAAAGCCAUAUCCAUUUGUGCUGUUCUACUCCAAGUUCAAUGGCGUUGAAAUGUGUGUUGAUGCCCGCACCUUUGGUAACGAUGCCAGGUUCAUCAGGCGCUCCUGCACUCCAAAUGCAGAGGUUCGUCAUGUGAUUGCUGAUGGGAUGAUCCACCUGUGUAUCUAUGCUGUUGCCACCAUUGCCAAGGACACAGAGGUUACCAUCGCCUUUGACUAUGAGUACAACAUCUGCAACUAUAAAGUGGACUGUGCGUGUCACAAGGGGAACCGGAAUUGCCCUGUGCAGAAACGUAGCCCAAAUGCUGCAGAACACCUACCUCCACCUGUUUUAGGCACACUGAUUGGGGCAGAAACACGGCGACGAAAAGCCCGUCGAAAGGAGCUAGAAAUGGAACAGCAGGGCGUUGUGUUGGAUGAGAACAUCAGUCAACAAACAGAAGAAGUUCCAGAGGGACCUGCUGCAGUCAGUGACAAUGAGGUUGCAGAUAAGGAGGAGAAACAAGAAGAGGAGAAAGAGGAGUCUGUAGAUGAACAAGGAACCUUGGUCCACAGCAGACGGACCCGGGAAGACAGGAAGGUAGAAGCCAUCAUGCACAUGUUUGAAAAUUUGGAAAAGAGAAAGAGGAGACGAGAGCAGCCAUCAGAACGGAGCAGCACUGAUGCUGAAGUCAGCAUCAAUUCUGAGGCUCCUGAGGUGGAGGAAGUAAAAACAGAGACUCCUGAAACUGAGGAUGCAACUUCAACACCUGCUGCUGCUGCUGCUGCUGCUGCUGCUUCCAAUGUUUCUAACAGUAACAGCAGCACUGGGGUGAACACAAGGCGGUCUUCACAAGUAGCGGAUGCUGCCCCAGAAAAAACAGUUACUAAGCCUGCUCCAGCAAAACCCUCCAGGCCCCGACCAAAAAGUCGAUUCUCUCGAUACCGGACCAGUUCAGCACAAAGACUGAGAAGACAGAAACAAGCCAAUUCCCAGCAAGCUGAACUUGUACAGGCUGUCUCAGAGGAGGGAAGCACUGCCAGCUUGGUAACCACAACAGAUGUCACCAGUGUGGAAGGUCCAGGAGAAGGCAGACAAUUGAUGGGAUCUGACCCAACUGUUAUCCUGGCUGCAGGAUCUCAGUCUAAUCGGACUGCAGUGAAGUACCCCAAAACUAAAAAGUAUCUUGUUACGGAAUGGCUGAAUGACAAGGCAGAAAAGCAGGAGUGCCCUAUUGAAUGCCCUCUGCGCAUUACUACAGACCCAACAGUUUUGGCAACAACUCUAAAUAUGUUGCCAGGUCUCAUCCACUCCCCGCUAAUUUGUACCACACCUAAACACUACAUUCGUUUUGGAUCACCUUUCAACCCCGAGAGGCGUCGAAGGCCCUUUCUGUUGGAUGGAAUUUACAGCUCUUGUAAAAAGCGAUGGAUCAAACAAGCCCUGGAAGAGGGGAUGACUCAGACCUCACCAGCUCCACAAGAGAACAGGACCCAAUGUCUAUACCAAAGUAACGAGAACAGCAGUUCUUCCAGCAUCUGCAAAGAUGACACAGACUUGCUGAGUCCCCUAAAGAAAUGGAAGUCUCGCUACUUGAUGGAGCAGAACGUUAAGAAGCUGCUGAGGCCUCUGUCUCCUGUCACCCCUCCACCUCCCAUCCCUUCAGUUCCUGGCUCGGUGAGCCCACAGCUGGCUACACCCUGCUCAUCUGUGCCAGGAGAGGAGGAAAGUCGCAAUGGUUAUGGUGUGAUGUUCUCACCAAUUCCUUCUCUGGCUGCUAGUCGCUGCAAUACUCCACUACAGUUUGAGAACGUAUCCUCCCCUGAGAGUUCCCCUGCGCAUAGACCAGAGUCCAUGUCACCUGAGCUCUGCCUCCGAUCUGAUGUGGAUUCCAGUGCAAACACCUGCCCGGAACGGCCGUCGCUGCUCAGCUUUGGAUCCUCUGAUCUGGCUCCACAACCUUCCAUAAACUCUACUUCAGAGACAAACUUCCCAGGAAAAAGUGGGGAAGCACAGAUGCUGCUACGAAGCUCUGAUCAGGCUUUUCGGACAGAGUUUAAUUUAAUGUAUGCCUUUUCCCCAUUGAACGCUAUGCCACGUGUGGAUGGCUUGUUGCGGGGAUCUGCGUGUUUGGGAGAAAGGAAAGCAGUGAAUUCGGAAGCAGGAUGCUGCAGCUCUCCUUCUGAAGGAUAUUUCAGCAGACAUGAGUCAGGACUGCUUAAAGAGACAGCGCAUGGAUCCAUGUCUCCCUCUGGUGAGAGGGCUUGUGAAGGCGUCCGAUCUGCCCCCCAGAAUCCACCACAAAGGAAGAAGGUAUCUCUGCUAGAAUACCGCAAGAGGAAGCAGGAAGCCAAGGAGGGAGGCGAUUCAGUGCGAUGUGCAGGGACUCCUACCCGGCAGGGCAGCAGUGGUUCUGGGACUGACACAGAUGCCAGCAGCCUGCCGGGCUCUGUAGUACGAACUCCAUCCUCCCCACAAAGUGGCUUCUCCCCUUCUCAUCCUUCCCUGCCUCAUGUAGAGGACAUCAGCCCACCAGACUCAAGGGGGGCUGGUUCCUCAGCAUCGCUCUGCAAAUCCCAGGAGAACAUCAGCAGCAGGUGGAUGGUCCCAACGUCGGUGGAGAGGCUUCGAGAGGGCCGAGGUAUACUUGAGAAGGUGCUACGAAGUGGUGCAAAGGUAUCCCAGAGAAAUGAAUCCUCACCUACCCGUGACAGCGCUGUUGAGAGGGAUGCAGAUACAGCAGGAGGAGACACUCCAGAAGCCCACAAAGGACCAGCAGUUUACAGUCCUUCUCGAUACAGCUACCAGCUCCUGCAGUCUGACAGUCCCCAGGCAGAGUCACAGACCCUUCUCCAGCAGAGUUCCUCCCCCUACCGAGGACACCUAACUCCUUCUCCUGGCUACAGCUACCGAGCGGCAGCACAGAGGACAGGACACAGCCUCUCCCACGGUUCCUCGGAAACCUCCCUCUCCUCUUCCUCGUACUCCAGCCCUGCCCACUUGGUCUCCACAGACUCCUCUGCCCUGUUUGCAGGGAAUUCGGGGUAUUACGGCAGCCAGCAGCACUCUGGCAGUGCCAGCAGCAGCCUCCUGAAGAAGAGCUGCCCAGCUGCUGCCAGCCCAGCACAGCAAAUGGCUGUGGACUCUCUUCCCUCAGAGUCUGGCUCUCAGCCCUGCACAGGAGCAUCCAGCUCCACCUCAGCUCCCCAAAGCUCCAGGUCACUACAGUCAGACUUGCGGACUAUCAGCCUACCGAGCUCUGGGCAGUCGGUUCUUUACCAGGGCUCCCGGGGGGCGGUGAUUUCCAGUGCACAACACUACCCGCACCGAGGGGGCAGCAGCGUCCAUCAGUACAGACUGCAGCAGCUUCAAGGUUCUGGAGUAAAGACUCAAACAGGACUUUCCUAGGGCUGCUCGGACUCCAGGAGGAACAAAACUGCCCACAGCUCCUUCCAGUUACCUCUGGAAGAGGCUCCUGGGCCGGUGUUGGGAGGUCGCACCCGAUGCUGGGUGCCGGGGGGGGGGUCAGAGGCUGAGGUCUGAAUGCACGGGUGAGAUUUGUGAGCAGUAUUGGCCUCUGGCCUUGCAGAUGAAAGCAGAUUUCUCUGAGGCAGAGACUGUAGCAAAGCUGUUCCCUGAUGUGUGAGUACAUUGCAAAAGGUAAAAAAAAAAUAGAAAAAUAGAAAAAAAGAAAAAAAAAAAAGCAAAUGGUUCAAGUGCAAUGACUGUGGUGCAGCCUCUGUCUCUUGUCCGUGCCCGUGGCCAUGGUCACUCAUGCAGUACGGACAUGUUUUUUUGAUACAAAUGCAGUUUAAAGAAAUCAUUGGGGAAGUUUAACUCCGAUCCCAAAGCUCUCUUUAUAGGUCAGGUUCUCAGCGCGUUCUGGGGAGGGCUUUAAUCCGUUACGAUCAUUCCAGUCACAAGCAGAUGAGCGCACACUGCUGCCUCGGGCCGGGCUGCCGCAGUCAGAGCAUUUCCAGGACGAGUCUCCAUCAAUGUGAACGAGCGGCAGGGAGCGGGACCUCGUGUGCCCAUUGCUGCAGGGGAGCUGGAUGUGCUGCCCCACGGCAUGGGGUGCAGGUCUGUGAGUGGGGAGCAGUGGGGGGGAGGGGGUCUGACCUGCAGGGCGGACGUGCUGGGGUCAGGGACCCCACGGAGCCACGCGGUGGCGGUGCUGUGGUGUGCUGGGGGCUGGCAGGGGGCUGAGCAGCUGCAGGGAGGGUCACGGUGCUGGGGGGGGCUGUGAUGUGCCAGGGGAGCCUGCGUGUUGGGGUGGCACGUGGGAUGUCCCUCCCACCUGUCUGCAAAGCAGGGCAGAGCCAGCCCGAGCACAGCGUGCUGUCUGCUCAAUUCCAUACGAUUGCCAGCUUCUUUCUCACUUGUUUACUGUAAUAUCGGGCGUGUUUUUAUUUAUCUAAUUUUAUAUUCAGUUAUAACCAUAGUAGGUUAGCUAAUAUACGACAGGUGUCAUCCCUGGUGCUGCAGUGGAACUUCUCCUUUUCUCUCGGAUAACAUGAUGCUGUGAGUCUGUCUCCCCUGUCCUUUCAGAUGCACAGUCUGCUUCCUUCCUCUCUUCUCUUAUUUUUUAGGACUGUUACAGGUCUCUCUUAAUUCACAACUGAAAUCAGGCGUUCGUUCAACCCGGGUCGGGGGAGGGUGGGGGAGACUUUUAAACUACAGAAUCAAAGAGUUCACUUUCCUCACACUGUCUGGCUGUGAGCAUGUCGGGAUGGAACUUGUCACCCUGCAGUCGGGUGUCUGUAUACUGUAUAAAAUUAGGUGUAAACUUCGCUCGGCUUAGCCCUGGGUGUGCAGCCUCCCCUUCCACGCCAGGAGCAGCACGGGGCAGGCGGGCUCUGCCCUGCAGGGCGGCAGGAGGGGGCCGGGGGAGCUCAGUGCCCGGACAGCAGCACCUCUGGUCACAGCGGGGCAGGAGGGGAGGGACCCUGGAAAGCUCUUGGAAAGGUGGGGGGCUGUAGCUUCUUACUCUAGUGGAGUUUUUACACCGUGCUGUAACAUUUGAACUUUCACAAGAGAUGUAAUAAUUUUGAUAAUAAAAAUACUUAACUCGAAAA